AUGAUGCCUGAUCCCACUUCCCACGCUAAUGACGAGGAGACUGCUUCACCGUCUCAACGCCGAUUCAGCGCGGUUGAACCUCUAGACCGACUCCAAGCUACCCUCCCUGCGGUCCCACCCCAAGCUGCAAAGCUAGAUAUCCGGUCAAUUCCUACCACCUCCGCUGAACGUUGUCGCGCUUCAAUUAUUGAAGCGUCCACCGAUCAAGAUGUCGGGCUUUCAGAGAAGAUUGCAGCACUGGAGGACAAUGGCAAGGGUUUACCACAAACAUACGCAGAGGAGACGGUCCUGUAUCUAGCAUACGGAUCAAAUUUAGCAGCGAAGACCUUUCUUGGCAUGCGUGGGAUUAAACCGAUCUCAAAAAUUUGUGUCCUCGUGCCGGAUCUGCGCCUCACAUUUGAUCUCCCUGGAGUGCCCUACGCUGAACCCUGCUUCGCAGGCACCCAGUUCAGAGAUCCCGAUGCAUCCGAGCCAGAAUCUGAAUCCGAGGUCGAACUUACCGAUGAUGAGAAACUCCUCACGGAGAGCGAAUAUCUAUCUGAAAAGGCGUCGCUCCCGACCAAAACAAGGGAGUUACGUACUAGUUCUAACGAGCGACGAUGGCAUAAGCCCCUCGUCGGUGUUGUCUACGAGGUUACACUGAUGGAUUAUGCCAAGAUCAUCGCGACAGAGGGUGGUGGUCGUGGAUACAGGGAUGUAGUCGUUGACUGCUACCCCUUUGCAGAAGACUACAAGUCCACCAACCCAGUCCCAGAACACCCAUCUACCCAGGCCUUCAAGACACAUACCCUCCUCUCACCGGCAGCGGAUGACGCCCGAAAGAGAGUAUACGCUGGCAAGGGGGUCGAGCCAGCCACAGCUUCUGGCUCUUGCUCCACGUGCUCGAUAUUCGGCGACAUCCAGCCGCAUAUGCGUCCGGACCCGGAGUACGCGCAGCCCUCUGCACGGUAUCUAGGUUUGCUUAUUACGGGUAGUGAAGAGCAUGAUCUCCCGAUAUCUUACCGGGAAUAUCUUUCCAGCAUCCAUUCCUAUCAUAUGACCACUUCUCGGCAGAAGAUCGGAAGGGUGAUCUUUCUCGGUAUGUGGGGACCGCCUAUACUCUUCACACUGCAGCUUUCUAAAGCAUUCGCUGGUCCUGAUGGACGCAGUCCACCGUGGCUGGUCACAGCAGCGAAUUUGCUGUUCUCGGGCAUGUGGAAUAGCUAUGAUUAUAUCUUUAAAAGGGUGUUUGGGGAUGGCGAGAGGACCAUUGAUGAUACCCCGUCUUCGUGA